AUGAGCUACAGUGAGGUCUUCGAAGACUUGCUUCUCUGGGACUGUGGAAGAUGCUGUGGCUCCCGGGAGAAGUUGAGCGCGGCUGCUGCACUCCAGCCACGUCCGGGAGGACAGGCCUGGGAGACCGCGCGUCCAGAUGCUUUCGCGAAACUAGAUGAUGGACAUUUAAACAACUCCUUGGGCUCUCCAGUGCAAGCCGACGUGUACUUCCCACGACUGAUAGUUCCAUUUUGUGGGCAUAUUAAAGGUGGCAUGAGACCAGGCAAGAAGGUGUUAGUGAUGGGCAUCGUUGACCUCAACCCUGAGAGUUUUGCCAUCAGCUUGACCUGUGGUGACUCAGAAGAUCCUCCAGCUGAUGUGGCAAUUGAACUCAAAGCUGUGUUCACAGACCGGCAGCUACUCAGAAAUUCUUGUAUAUCUGGCGAAAGGGGCGAGGAACAAUCAGCGAUCCCUUACUUUCCAUUCAUCCCAGACCAGCCAUUCAGGGUGGAAAUUCUCUGCGAGCACCCACGUUUCAGAGUGUUUGUGGAUGGACAUCAACUUUUUGAUUUUUACCACCGCGUUCAAACGUUAUCUGCAAUCGACACCAUAAAGAUAAACGGGGACCUCCAGAUCACCAAGCUUGGCUGAUGGUGUUUCAACCACCUCCGUUUCAAA